AUGAGAAACUUCCACCCAUCUCAGAUGCGAUUCUCAAAUUGGCCGAAGAGUUCGCGGCUCGGGUUCCGUCGGGUGAGUUCACGGCCGCUGAGGUCCAGGGCUACCUCCUGAACUACAAAUCCGAUCCCGCCACCGCGAUUUCCGAUACUGCGGCUUGGUUGCAGCGUACUGAAAAGAUGCGAAAGGAGCGGAAAGAGAAGUCUGAGAAACAGGCUGCAUGAACAUACGGGCAUAUUCUUAUUGGCAAUGACGAUCAUGACGAAGAUAACUAUAGAGAUAGAUACCCUACUCUUAAUGAACUGUACUAUAAGCAUAACCGAAUCCUUGUUCUUUCUUUUCUUGCCUCUAGACUUCACAGAUGAGUCAGUACUGUCUUUCUUUCUGUUUACCCAAUCGUUCCAUACAGUACCCAGUACGCUCAGUCCCGAACCAGAAGACCUGAUAAUCAUCGUGUCACAUACACACCACACAUUCUUCCAAUUCCCUCCUCCUCCCCACUACCAAUCAUCACCCAGUCUCAUACCCCCCUUAUCCCCCCUGAAAACAAUCCAUCAAUCUCUAAUCCGAUGCGAUGUGCCAAGCACCCCUACUGAGCCCCCAGCCACAGACAAACACACCCACCCCCAUCACAUAUGACCAAACAAGAGAUAGACAAUAUGCAUUCAUGAGUUAUCAAACAAUGUAUGGUUUUUGAGGUUUCUACCUCUUUCUCUAUUUUUGGGAAUCGGGGAAUAAUCAUGGUAGUGUGUAUGAUUAAAUAUGGG